AUGUUCGGGACAGUGAAUGAUUCCACGAACGCCUAUUACCUUGAGUUUUUCUGCGUCCUGCCGGCUAGAUGCCCUCGGAAGGCUGCAGAUAGUGGGUCACUCAGAGGCUUUUUACCAGAUUGCCAGAUAGCAAGAGUACGCUCUGGUUUUCUCUACCACAACGGGCGUAGGAUAGGGUUGAGGUGCCAUGCAUCUGUUCGUUCACCUGACAAUGGAAAUGGUAAACCUAUGCACAAUCCUGUCAGACUGAGUGUCAAGAGCCAGAAUUUGGUAGCUGGUAAGCGCCUCCCUGGCAAACUGAGCUAUGAAGACUUGUCACAGGAGCCACUUCAGGUGGCGUCAAAUUUCACCAACUUUCAGGAAGACCCUAUGGUUGAUAAACUCAGGACUCAGCUUGGCGUAAUCCAUCCCAUUCCUUCUCCUCCAAUCAAUCGCAACAUCGUAGGACUAUUUGUCUUUUUCUUCUUCUUUGGGGCUGUCGUUGACAAGCUUUGGACCUGGAGGAAGCGAAGUCAAUCAAAGAGGGAAAGCCAGUCAGGUAUCCGGCCUCAAGUUCCCACAAGCUUCUCUCAAUUUCUUGAGAAGGAUUUGCAAAGGAAAGAGUCGGUUGAAUGGGUCAACAUGGUCCUGGGAAAGCUGUGGAAGGUGUACCAAGGAGGGAUUGAGAAUUGGAUUAUUGGAUUGCUUCAGCCUGUGAUAGACGACCUCAAGAAGCCUGAAUAUGUCCAGAGGGUCGAGAUAAAGCAGUUCUCACUGGGAGAUGAUCCGUUGUCUGUUAGGAAUGUUGAACGCAGGACUUCUCGCCGAGCAAAUGAUUUGCAGUAAGUUAUCUGUUCUAUCCGACUGAUUUAAUUGACAUCUUCAAUGGUCCAUCUGUGAUUUAGUUCUCAGUUAGGAUUGUCUUUUUUGAUUGUUUCUUCUUUGGUUCAGUAUCAAUAAAAUCAUGUUUAAAAGCCUAAUACAAAGGCUGAGCGGGAUUCAUCAUAGUCUAUCGUUUCAUGCUAGCUUUGGACGUUAAGUAAUUAUCUCGUAAUGCUCUAAAAAUAUAAUUUUCUUGGCUUCUAAUAUGUAUUUGUGUAUUCAUUAGUGACGUGACGGUGCAAACGAAGUGAAUUUUUUGGUUUAGAUGUAGAGAUUCUUUGAAUCGGAAAAUAUUGACCUCUUGCACACUUGUUCCAAGCCACGUAAGAGAUGCCACAGGUCUUUGUCAAAGAGAUGAAAGGUCUGGUCAUAAGAAUUAUGACGGAAUUUUACUGAGAGGAAGCAAAAUAUGGAUUUAUGUAUGGAAACACUGCACAAAGGAUAAUGUUUGGGAGAUACUAUAUGAAGAAGGAAAAGAAUAUACCAAAUAGACAUUUUUGUCCUCAACGCUGAGAAAAUAUUCCUCUCUUAUUCACACAGAAAUAACCUCAGAUGUUAGACUACUUUCUCCAACUGUUCAUGCCACUAGGCAAAACACACCAUGCAAAGAACACAUCUUCUCAACAACUUUGCUUAAAUAUAACUGCAAUUUUCCACAUAGAAAUCCUUUCAACUUGAUAUGUCCAAUGGAAAUGUCUCCAUAAAGAAUCUUCUACAAUGAAUGCAAGGACUGAUAUGAAAUGUGGGGGAUUCUUCAUGGAGACAUUUCUAUUAGAUGUAUCAAGUUGAAAGGAUAUUUAUGUGAGAAAUUGCAGUUAUAUUCAAACAAAGUUGUUGAGAAUAUGUGUUCUUUGUAUGGUGUGUUUAGUCCAGUGGGAUGAACAGUUGGAGAAAAUAGUCUAACAUCUGAGGUUAUUUCUGUGUGAAUAAGAAGGGAAUAUUUGCUCAGUGUUGAUCAUGAUACAAUGAUCUGGACAUCAAAAAAAUCUUUGUUGAUAUUCUUGUAGGGCCAAACGGAGACAGUGUCGUCUUUUACAUUAGAAUUUGGCCGCCAUACAACAUUAAUUUGAAUUCAACAUAGGAGGCAAUAUUUCUUCUGAUGGGAUGAAUGUGAACUUGGGUAGUAGACCAAGGACCAAUUUUGCAUGUGAUCGUUUUUGCUUUGACUGCUCCUGGAUUCUGGAGUUUGGAAACGGAAAUCGCCUGUAUUUGUCUAAAGUUUUAGAGCUUGCUUUCCGAGUCUAUUUCAAUAUUUUCUCACUUGUUCUUCUUCCCCUUUUCUUUGAUAUUGUUUUUCCAUGGGGGUUAUUGUCUAGGUGUUUAACAUUUCAAUAUUUAUAUGCAUGGUUGUGGCGUGUUUUUUGAUUAAAGAAAUGGCGUUAUCAUCCUCCUUUUAUUCUCAGGGCCAAAAAGAAAGUAUGAAAAUCGCUUGUUUCAUUACAGGCUUAAAAUCUAUCAUAGCUACUCUGGUUAGUAUCCUAUGUGAUAAAUGCCAUUUUUGUGGAUUUUAAUAAUGAAAGCUACGAUUGGAAAAGUUUCCCUUUUCAUCAAAUAUGGUACUUGGCAAGCCAAAUCGGAGCAUAGUCUUGUGCCAUUUCUAUCAUGUUUUUUGUUCUUUUUCUUUCAGGUACCAAAUUGGUCUUCGUUACACAGGCGGUGCUCGCAUGUUGUUAUCUCUGUCUUUGAAAUUUGGCAUUAUCCCCAUUGUUGUACCUGUUGGGGUCAGAGAUUUUGAUAUUGACGGAGAACUUUGGGUCAAGUUGCGAUUGAUACAAUCAGAACCGUGGGUAGGGGCUGUAUCUUUGGCAUUUGUGUCUCUUCCAAAGAUCAAGUUUGAAUUGUCACCUUUUCGGUUAUUUAAUCUCAUGGGUAUGUCUUACUCUAAUUGCUAUCUUGCAAUGCCUAUCUUAUCUUAUUAUUUAUUUUAUUGCAUUAUGAUACAUGAAUUUUUUUGGUCUGGUACAGUUUUUUUUUUUUUGAUGCAGUGUAAGUCCCUGAGAACAUUUCCUAGGCAGGAUUAUUAUUCCGUUAAACCGCAUUUCAAGUUGAUGUUUCUUUCAAAAACUAUUUCAGUAUUUCUGGUUUUGCAUUUACGUGAACUUCAUCUAGAAUUAUAUAGCUACAGUAGGCAUUGUCUUGUUUACUUUGUGUUACGGUUUUCUGUUUUAUUUCUAAAAAAAUGGUGAACACUUCACAGUAUACUGACGCUGUUUUGUGCUUCCUGCCUUUAACGGGUUGAUCUCCACCAGCCAUUCCCGUUCUUUCCAUGUAAGCCAAAGCCUCUCUGAUCAUUUAUUCUGGAUUUUUAAUUUUUGAAGUUUCAGUGACAUUUUUUUUCAUAAAUUUAUAAUGCUUUUAAUGGAUCAAUUUUUUUAUUAACAAUUGGGAAUUUGAGUUCUUGAAAUUUGGUGAAAGACAAGUUCUUCGAGAGGAAAAUAUUGCUUAACGUGUUUAUUUUCCUGUUUCUACCGGCUGGACAGUCUGUCAGCCAAAUCAUACAAAAAGUGGGCUCUUUUACUUUUUCCCUCUUAUUUAUCUUUGAUUAAGCAAUACUGUUUCAAAUUUGUGACACAUAAUUUUUUCUUCAUGGUAAAGUAUGGGUCUUCAAAUAAAGCUUGGUGAACACUGUAGCGGUGAAAACUAGCUUUACAUUUUCAGAUGCUUAUGUUUUCGGAUCGUAAAAUUGGGUUAUAUUUCAGACUCGGUUACUAUUGGGAUUGGGCUGGUAAAUUUGACUGACUCAGGGGAUGUCAAGAUGAUCCCAGAUCAGACUAACAAUGGAGGCAAAAUGACAGGAAACAAAGAAAAAUAAGUGCCAUAUAAAUUUAAAGGAAAAAAAUUGGACAGAAAGAACCCCUUUAAGAAAUAAAGUUAAACCUCUAGAAGAAAUUUUAAAUAAAGGAAAUUGGGAGAAGGAGAGAAGGGGCAAUGAAGUAGAAACUGGGUUAAGUGAAAGAGACUGAAGAUGUGGAGGAAAUGGAAAUAAGAUAACGCACCGUAGACGGAAAGAAGGUUGCAAGUAAACAAUGGGGAACGCCCUGAUCAAAUGAUUAGUCAAAGGAAAAGCAAAGAGAAUAAGCAUAAGAUGUUGAUAAUGGCAGUGAUCACUUCCUCGUAAUAUCUUUCUUCUUCGCUGUCAUCUCUUCUUCUUCUUCUUCUGUCUUUUGUGCCGGGACAGUAGCUCCCUCUCUUCUGCUUUUUUCCUUUUGUUCUGCACAAUAUAAGAAGUAUAAAAUGAUAAAUCAAUGUAGCCUAAGUCGUGGUCAUGAUUCUGACUGUGACGAGUCAGACAGAUUAGCUCAUAACAUUCAAGGCCACACCUUGGUGAGAAUGUGGCCACUUUCUUGGCCAGUGCCUACAGAUGACCCCAUCUAGAUUGGUCGGCUUGAUUUUAAUGGGCUGGUUUUUUCUUACUCAUCUAGGUUUCCCAUGCUUACUCUCUUUUCUUUUCGUCAAAGUCUCUUUAGACAUCGGCUUCAGAUAAUUUAGUAAUUUGAUUCAUUUUUUCAGAGUAAUAUCAUUCUGGUUGUUAGGUGUUUGCUGUCAUUUCUUUCUAGGAAUGAGUAUUUCUGAAAUAACUUCACCUCGAUUUCUCCUGAUAUUGUUAACAUACUAUGCUUCAACUGUAGUAUUUUUUGGUUAUUGUAUGGCACUCAAAUAGUUACAUAGAUAACUAAUAUUUUUAUCCAACGAAUUGCCAGAUACGUUGCUAGACUCUUCUGUCUAAAAUUUUAUAUUCAUUUUCCCUUAUUAGGUUUCUGACAAAGCUCCUCACUGAAGAUUUGCCUCGACUCUUUGUUCGUCCAAAAAAAAUCGUUCUUGAUUUCCAGAAGGGGAAAGCUCUUGGGCCUGUUGCCGGUGACUCUAGAGGUGACACAGUCCAGGAAGGAAACAAAGAUUUUGUGGGAGAAUUGUCGGUCACACUUGUCGACGCGCGGAGAGUUCCUUAUGUUUUUUUUGGUAACGGUCAACGUAAAGUUUAAUUUUGUUUCUAGUAACAUCAUUUCCGAAGUUGGAAUUAUUUUAAAAUCUCCAUCGAGAAGGAAUUUUUAUAUAUUUGCCUCUUGACUUUCAGCAAAGACCGAUCCUUUCGUUGUCCUGAGCCUGGGUGAUCAAUUAAUUCUCAGUAAAAGAAAUAGCCAAACUACGGUUAUUGGGCCACCUGGAGAUCCAAUUUGGAAUCAAGUAGGGAUCCAUUUUCUCCAACCUAUUUCUAGAUCUAGAUUUUUUUUUCCCAUUAAAUGUUGGAUACUCGAUGAACAGAAUUUGUCAUGUGAUACGUAGGUAUUGUCUUUACUAAUAUUUAGCUCGCGUCUGUGCAGGAUUUCCAUUUGCUUGUUUCUAACCCUAAAAAGCAGAAGCUAUGUAUCCAAGUGAAGGACUCUUUUGGGUUUGGAGACUUCACUGUUGGUUCAGGAGAGGUACGCAUGGUGGAUCAUGGCCUGGAUUGUCAAAUUUGCUUGUUUAAAGGGCUAGCAUCAUCCAUAUUCAGAUGAUGUCAUAGUUGAUUUCACAAAAUUGGUCAAUAUUUUCGAACCCCAAUUUCUUGAAUCUGAUUAUUUUGGUUGUGACCAAUUUGAAUUCGAGUUGUAACGUCUCAGAUAAUGGUUAGGUUUCAAUCUUUUAGUCCAACAUGGCCAUCUAUCUGAUCCUUCUCCAUGCUUUUCUAGAUUUUCCCUCUAUAGUUUAUGAGAGUCAGGGAUCGCUGAAAAGAUCCGUUACUGGUCAUUUCUGCAAUUCUGCUACGGUAAUCUUCUGUCGGUAUAAUAUUAAAUUUUUUUCCUGGUUUCAAAGCUGGGGAACGGUCUAUGCAGCAUCACUGCGUACCUACCAUCCUUUUCUUUCCAUUCCUGAGAUAUUCAACAGUUCAACCCCAUUUCUUUUAAACUGCUAUUCCUUUGGAUUGAGCAACAUUUUCGGAAAUUUGAUGGUCUCUAGGAGGUCCUUAUUCCUUCGUCGUUUGCCACAUCUCAACCUCUUUCAACCAAAUCCUCACUUCUUAUGAAAAAUGGCGUCACCUGUGUUUAACUCCUUGUCUAUCAAUGUAUGGUGGCUUUUCUGAUCUGCAUGAGAAUUCUGGGGUUCAUUUUUCCCUUUAAUGUAUAGAACAGUUCUUGGACUCAUUUUCCCUUUCGUUGGACUCACCAGCUGCAUCAGGCAUACACCUUUUUCUUAAGCCAUUGGUUAGACAUCAAAGAUUGAAUCUUUGAUGCCCGAAUCCCAUUUUUAAUCUUACAGUGGAUUCGUAUGGCCCUUCUCUGACUUGCUCAACAUGGAAUCCAGGUUGAGCUUGGAUCUCUUCAAGAUACAGUUCCCACAGAUAGAGUGAUAGAUCUACAGGGGCGCUGGGGGCCGUUUGGCAUAUCUUCUGGAGAAAUACUGCUACGUCUUACCUACAAAAGAUACGUUGAAGAUGAAGAAGAUGAUCCCGCCAGAGUGGAGUAUGUGGAUACUGAUGCCUCGGAUGAUGAGACAGAUUCCGACGAAUCCAUUGGUUCAUACAAACAGAGUAGAAGGGCCUACGCUGUUGGCAGGGAGAGAGAAUCGUUCAUGGAUGUAUUGGCAGCAUUGAUCGUCAGUGAAGAAUUCCAAGGCAUAGUGGCAUCUGAACCAGGGAGCUCUAGAAACGCCGAGGAGUCUGUAGACUCGGAGCCAUCCGCAUCAAGACCGGCCGACCAGAGCUCUGGGAUUCCUCAGCUCGAGUCUCAGAAUCUCUCUGGUGGUCCAGCGGGUAACUCUCUUCCUAUUUCUGGAAAUUUAUCUGGAAAAAUCGAUUUUUUUUUUCCACUGAGAACUCUUUUCCCGUCUCCAGGGAACGCACUGUUUUGGUAUGCUGUCAUCACAUGUAUAUCGUUCUUGGUUUCUACCAAUGUGAGCGGCUCAAGUGUCUUCAAUCCGUAA